UUCAAACAUAGAAACUUGCAAAAAUCGAUCCUUGUAUCGAAAAAGACUACACUCCUCUAUCCACGCAUCAGAAUCCGCUUCGAAUUUCACUUUCCCCUGCACCGGUCCUCCCGGUUACCAGUCUCCACUGUCUUUUAAUAUUCUGCCACCAUCACUGAGUCGCACACUACCGAGUCACGGACUCGCUCUUUACUUCUCCAUACCCAAACACACAGAACAGACAAAAACAUUCUUAACCUUGUUCAUUCUCGAAACAUGCAUUCCCGUUUUGCCCCUCGCGUUUUUCUCUAUUUCCCAAUCUUUAUCACAGAACCAAAACCCUUAAUCGGAGCUAACCAUACCUCAGCUAGAUUCUGCUCCAGAUAAAAAACUCCAAUUUUUUUCUUUCUAUUUUACAUUUUUUUAUUAGAUUUUGAGUAAUGAAAAAAAAGUGCACAAUGGCUACCAUGGAACAUACCGCAGCGAAGCCUAGCUCUUUCUGGAACCUUCUGAUACGGUUACUCCUCUUUGGAGUUUUCAUCAUCGCCAUCCGUUUCGCUUACGUCAUCUCCAUCGCCGGUGAGUCAUGCCACGUCGGUAAUUUCUGCUUCUUCUCCUUGCCGGAGACUCUCACCAUCGCUAUUUCCGGCAAUGACCCUUUCUCCGGUGAGUCUACUCCCGGCGGAGUUCGUGGAAAUUCGUCGCUAACAGAGCUUUAUUCUAGCAAGGAGUGGCUUGACAGUGUUCAUUUCUACUCGUCGGUGUUUCAUGACCUAAUCUCCGGCGGUUACCUCUCGACUGAGUCGGAGUCACUCUGCGUGGAAACGCCGACCGGACGCGAUGUUUUUGCGCUGAGAGAAAUUGGCGUCCGAAAGGCGGUUGGAAUUUCGAAGAAAUCAGUGAAGCCGCUUGUAAAAUCAGGAAGCGGUGAGCGAAUUCCGUUCGGCGAGAAUUACUUUGAUUUCGUUUUCUCCGGUGAAGGCUCGUUUGCGAGGUCGGCGAAGCCGGCAGUAUUCGCGGCGGAGAUUGCUCGGACGCUGAAGCCAGGAGGAUUCGCGGUAUUUCAUUUCACAAACCCUAAAGAUACUUAUAGUUUCAAUUCAUUCCUUGAUUUGUUUCAUUGUUUCAAAGUAGUUAAGUUACAUGUUUUAGAAGGUUUUGAUUCUUCAAUGCCUCAUAUACAUGAAACUGUAUUGAAGAAUGAGUGUGUUAAUGAUGAUAUUGCUGGUAAAUUCGUUAGUGAUUAUUAUUCGAAUGAAAAAUGUUAUGUUCCUGGGUAUAAAAAAGAUUUGGUUAGAAUUGCUGAGCCAUUGAUUGAGAAGGAACCAUUGAAGCCAUGGAUUACUUUGAAAAGGAACAUAAUGAAUAUAAAGUAUCUAUCUUCAAUGGUUGAUAUAAGUUUCAAGAAUAGGUAUUUGUAUGUUGAUGUUGGAGCUAGAAGCUAUGGCUCUAGCAUAGGAUCUUGGUUUAAGAAACAGUAUCCUAAACAGAACAAGACAUUUCAUGUGUAUGCAAUUGAAGCUGACAAGACUUUUCACAAGGAGUAUGGGUUGAAGAAAGGGCUUACUUUGAUUCCUUAUGCCGCUUGGGUAAAGAAUCAGACUUUAAGUUUCGAGAUUCAUCGAAAUCCUGGGGAGCAUGUUGAGGUUAAAGGAAGAGGGAUGGGUAGGAUUCAACCUUUGCAGUCGAGAGGGAAGAAGUUUGAUGGGGAGGUGGAGAAGAUACAGGGAUUCGAUUUCGCCAAUUGGUUAAAGAGCACGGUUACAAAGAAUGAUUUUGUUGUGAUGAAAAUGGAUGUGGAGGGUACUGAAUUUGAUCUGAUACCGAGGUUGUUUGAAACCGGGGCAAUCUGCUUGAUAGAUGAGAUUUUUCUCGAAUGCCAUUACAAUAGGUGGCAGAGAUGUUGUCCUGGGCAGAGGAGUGCAAAGUAUGAGAAAACAUAUGAUCAAUGCCUGGAACUUUUCAAUUCUCUUAGACAAAGUGGAAUUCUUGUUCAUCAAUGGUGGUAAUUUCCAUAGGUGAGAUUCUUCUAUACUUGUUCUGUAACAUUAUUAUUGUUUUCAUUUUAUCCUUUUACACGUUUCUUCUUCAAAGUCCAUAGAUAUCCCUUUCCUUCAUUUCUUUUUACCCUAGACUAUAGAAAUUAGAGAAGAUUACUGUGUUUCAAAUUUCUUUCCAUGUAAAAGUUGGAAUUGAAAAUCAAAGCAUUUCUUUAAAUCAACUGUAUUCUCUGCACAAGUUUCAUCUUGUAUAUACUACCUUGAAUAGAUAUGGAAAUCGAUAACUGGAUUCUGUCA